AUGGAACGCCACAUUCGCUCCAACGAUUUUGGGCUACAGGGCUGCUACUUCAUUCGUCGUCUUGCAAACAACCUUGGUGAACCACAAAAAUCAUAUGCCCUCAACGCCAUCGAUCGAGCUAUUACAUUCUGGAAAGGACCUCGAGUUCAUCGCCCUAUUCCACUCCGAGCUCCCUGGCUAUUGGCAGAACAGUGGUCGCGCAAACUUCGCAAGUUGAUGACUUCCCAUUCACAUCAAGUUCAAUACUUCAACAUUACUCUUCAAGCCCCCUCCACAUCCAUCGUCUUCACGAAAUACCCGUCGGUUAUGGACAGCCUUUGCAACUUCAAGGACAUUGCCUCACAAUGGGCCGCUGCGGAGGCUCCACUUUGUGCUUGCGAACACCUUCGGCCAUUUUCUCGACUCGAGCCCUCCGACCAUACACAACACCUCUACAUCAAUGGUGAUGACAUCACACAUCUACACACCAAACAUCCGGCAGCUUUCGUUUCCAUCGCCACGGGCUCCCUGCAGAACAAGAUUUUCCCACCGAAGAAAGACAUUUUCGACAGCCUCAAGGAAGCCUUUCGGGUUUGGACUCACAAAAAUCGCCUACCACCUAUGCCCCUACGCAUUUUGGAAGAGAUUUGGAACACCGCUUGGCCUUCACAUUCAACAAACCUCCAACAACACAUCACCCACCGCGACAUCGUCGCUUUUCGGAAACUUUUCCCACAUGCUGUGUUCCACAACGAAGACAAACGUGCUUCCUCCUUGCGAAUCUAUUGCCCACACUUGUACUACCAAUGCCUUACCAAGACUUUUUCGGACCCUGCCAUCUUCCGCACAUUAUCGGACGAUCCCACUACCAUUGUCAUGAACACCGUUACCAAACUUCAACGUCGCUUUCGUCGCCAAUAUCCCUGGGCUCUUGGAAAAGGACGGGAUCUUCCCAAUGCCUACGUUUUGCCAAAACGGAAAAAGCAGUUCACCCAAGGACGUCCUAUUGUCAGUUUCGUCUCUGCACCUUUUCGUCCGAUGCUCAACUGCGUGGCCAAACUCCUGUACAACCUCAUUGCACUGGCUUUUCCUCACAACCUGGCCAAAGGAUUCUUCACCAGCAUCGACACUUCUCGUUUUGUGGACAGUUGGUACCUCACGCUUCGUUACCUGUCAUCAAAGAUGAGCACUGGUCCAGACGAAAUCUUGUCAGUCAACCCCAAGAAGGGCAACACUCCUGGAGACGUGGUGAAGGGCCGCGCAUGUCGUACUUUGAACGUGACGAGGAAGAUCUACAUUCGGGACAUCGAAUCCAUCAUCACCAUGUCCCUCCAGAUGACUCAGUUCUCCAUUGGCAACAAGGUUUUUGAACAAAUCCGAGGCUCUCCCAUGGGAUCACCAUUGAGUCCAGCACUCUGCUUGAUGGUCGUGGCACUGUCGGAGGAAGUUUGGUACCGCACUUUCCAGACCACUUUGGCGACCCUGGAUCUCUCAUCUCGGCUUCUUCGCUACGUUGACAAUCGUCUUUGCUUGGUCAAUCGCAGCUGGCUUGAUGAUCCGGCAUUCACCACUUUCCUGCACCCAAUGUUCUAUGGCGAACCCAUCGUUCUGGAGACGGAACCCGACCAGGAAUUUCUGGGCUUUUGCAUUGAGUUCAACCCGUUCGCACUACGAUAUUCACCACCACGAGAUCGAAGUCAAGUGAUGGUUUUGUCGCAUUGCACCGCCUGUACAGAAAUGCUGGCUUUUCUGAAGAAGACCUUCAAUCC